GCUCUCGGUUCCGUUCCGACAUAUCAUUCGUGGCUGUCUGGUUCUCCGUUCUCCUCCCGUUGUUUGUGUUGCACAGUGCCGUGUGGUGGAGUGUGUGUUGGUGUCUUUGGAGGUGUUAACCACUCGCAGAUAAUAGAUCCACAGAGUAUUGUUGUAUUGAGUUCUCCGGCACAGCCACAGCCCCCAGAUCUGACAGAACUCCAAGCCAAAGACUGAUUGACGGAGUGCGGAAAGACCGUCGGCAAGUGCUCUCCGAUUGUUGAAGUGAACGGGAAGUUCUGAUACCGAUAAUACCAGGCGAAACAGAAGAAAAUAGGAAGAGAUAGGAGCUCUACAAGGAAGAUAUAACACUGCUAUAGGCCCCCACUGAAAUAUACGAGAAAAAGCUGCCUUUGGAGGGAUACUGGAGUACUGGAGUUCUGGUGCGCCUUGGUGGAUUAUGGGCAUAUCGGAGGAGAUCAAGCUGGAGGAACUACCGCAAGAAGCCAAAUUGGGGCACCCGGAUGGCGUUGUGGUCGAUCGUGGCUCGGUCCUCGUCUCCUCGGCGUCGGCGGCAACGGCCGGGGCCUCGCUAACGGUUUCGGUUUCUGGAGGCGCACCCAGCGGCGCCAGCGGGGGCACCAACAGCCCCAUCUCGGACGCCAACAGCGACUGCGAGGCGGACGAGUAUGCCCCGAAGCGGAAGCAGCGUCGCUAUCGGACAACCUUCACCAGCUUUCAGCUGGAGGAGCUCGAAAAGGCCUUCUCACGCACCCAUUACCCCGAUGUGUUUACGAGAGAAGAGCUGGCGAUGAAAAUUGGCUUAACCGAGGCGCGCAUUCAGGUCUGGUUCCAGAAUCGUCGCGCCAAGUGGCGCAAGCAGGAGAAGGUGGGUCCACAGUCGCAUCCCUACAAUCCCUACCUGCCCAGCGGCGCCGCCAGCAUGCAAACGGUGGUGGGGGCCGCCCUGCCGCCCAAUCCCUUCACCCAUCUGGGUUUCCAACUGCGCAAGCCCUUCGAUGCCCAACACGCGGCGAAUCUGGCCGCCUUCCGCUACCCGCAUCUCUCGGCAGCGCCCAUGAUCCCCUCCGGCUACUUCAAUCAGUUCCAGCGAGCUCCUCCUCACAUGCUUCCCCCAGGCAUGGCCGGGAUGUACUCGCCCUCCAGCUCCUUCCAGUCGCUCUUGGCCAACAUGACGGCUGUGCCGCGGGGCCCGCACCUGCCGCCAAUGGGUGGAAAGCCCAUGCUGGUAGGGUCCCCAGACCUACACUCGCCCAACCACCUGCUGGCCUCGCCGCCCACCUCGCCCGCGUCUGGAGCCUCGCAGCACCAGCACCAGCACCAGCCUCCGCCACAGCCGCCGCCCCCACACGUCCAGCCCUCGCAGCUGUCGCCCCAGCAGCUGGUGGGGAUUGCCCUCACCCACCAGGCGCCCUGCGGCUCGCCCACACAGACGGCACCCGUGGCCCUGACCCUGGCACACUCGCCGCAGCGCCAAAUGCCGCCGGCCCCGCUUCCGCCGCCCCGAUCAUCCACGCCGCCCGAGGACCGACGCACUUCCUCCAUUGCCGCGCUGCGCCUUAAGGCACGUGAGCACGAACUGAAGCUGGAGCUCCUGCGACAGAAUGGUCAUGGCAACGAUGUCGUCAGCUAGCUGGGGGUGUGCCCCAAGUUCCUGCUGAAUAUGCUGGAGAUCCCAAAUCCAAGUGCAAAACAUUUGCUGGUUCACUUUAGUCGUAAGCGAAUAAGUUAUUUCAUUGUUUGUACAAGUAUUUAACACGGAAUUUUCAAAUAAAUUCACAAAGUAAAUUGAAGAAUGAAAA